GCUGUUUUGGUGUGAAGAAUGGACCUCUCAGCCAUGGCUGUUGGAGAUGUACAAAGUGUGCUCUUGGCUAUGCAGAAGAAUCUGGAGUGUGCAAUAUGCUUGGAUGUGGUCAAAGAGCCAGUUUCAACAAAAUGUGAUCAUAUCUUCUGCAGGUUAUGCAUGUUCAAACUCUUCAGUGAAAAGAAAAAAGGUGUGGUAGAGUGUCCUCUGUGCAAGACUGAAGUUACUAAGAGAAGUCUGAGAGAAAAUUCCAGAUUUAAGCAACUAAUUGGGGUGUUGUUGGAAACUAUCCAUGCAUUUGAGCUUGACACUGGAGUAAAGAUUUUAAACAGUCAUCACCUUCCUAAAACGUCCACAGAAGCCACUGCUGAUUUGCUGUGUGAAAAGCAUUCUGUUAUCCAAAGCAAGGGCUUCAGAAACAGGAAAAAAAGCACCAAAGGAAAUGGACAAGAGACCUGCACCUUGCAGGAAGCCAAUGUGGAUACACAGCUUGCAGACACUAAGGACAAACAGUGUCCCCUAAGAAACAAAACCCAGAGGUGUGACUCUGAAAAAGGGAUUUAUAUCGAGUUUGGCUCUGACUCAUCUGAAGAGCUUUUUAAACAGCAAAGCAAUGCCAGAUCAGAAGACAAAACAGGGCUUCACAUUUCUUCUCAACAACAGAAGAGUGCUAAGGAGGGGAAAGGCUGUUGUCUCAAUGCACAGUCUGAUAAGUUAAGUGCUAAAGGAGGAAUUCUACCAAAUGUCCCAGGUGAAAGUGAUUUCUCUAAGGAAGGCUUGAGCAAGAGAAGUACUCUGAGCACCACUGAAUAUGCCAAACCUGUCCAAACAAAUGUGACUGGAUGCCAGAGUUCUGCUUUAAAUGCAUCUGUAGAGCUGCUCAGAGAGCAGUGUGAUGGAACGGGUCCUGGCAGCGCUUCAAAGAGCAGGGACACAUCUUUCCUGGAGAACACAGAAGCCCAUGCAGAGCAAACUCAGUGCAGCAGUAAAAGAAAAGAGAUUGACUUAAAAGAUAGUUCAGAGAGCAGGUUGGAUGAAAGCAAGGAUGUAGAUACUGUUGUACAAAUUGUGGAAGCUGUGGAAAUGCACAAACCUGAGAAUGAUUCUUUCCAUGAAAAUGAGCUUACUCUGGAGAAACUGCUUCAGCCAGAGACACUUCACUGCACUGCCCUGCCUGAAGUCUCUAGGAAGAGACUGAAGAGAAGUGUUGAAAAAGUCAAUGAGUGGUUUUCAAAAAGCAAUGAGAUUCUGACUUCCAGUUCUUCCCAGGACUAUUCUGCUGGAGCAGCGGUUUCAGACGAAGAAGAUAUGUGCUUGUCUGACAAAGAUUCCUCUACUUCAGAGAAGACUGACCCGAUGGAAAUCACAGUGGAGGAAGGAAACAAAGGGUCAAGACCAAUGGCAGAUAUCAUCAAAGACAAAAUAUUUGGGAAAACAUACAAGAGAGAGAGGAAGGCAAAUCCCCCUGUUAUCUGGAGGGAUGUUUUUCCUAGUGCAAAACAGAAAGAUGUGGGUGCUGCUGCUGAGAAGUGCUUGGAUGACUCCAGCAAAGACAGACCCAAACGAAAAAGGAAGACUGCCCAUGUCCUGCAGCCUGAGGAUUUCAUCAAGCAAAAAGAUAAAGAAGGGACAGAUGGGAGCCCUCAGAGUGUUAACUGCUGCUUUGGAGGUGCUGAAGAGAAAAGAUGUGAUGAAAGUUCUGCUGUUAAUGAGAGUCACCUCUCUGAGAACAGAGAGGAUAAUACACUGGCAGCACUUGAGGAAGGAGGAGGAUCCAUACGGAAGAAAGCUACUGCAAAGGUGACUGGCAGGCAGAGUGACAGUGAGCUAGAACUGAAAAACUGUGACCAGAAAAGCACUAAAAAAACCACUGCAGCAAAAAGAUGCAGGAGUUCUACUAGAGCCAUGUGUGCUCUCCAGUUGGUGGUGGACAGGAACUCUCCUUCCCCUGAUCCAGCAGAGCCACAGAUUGACAGCUACCCAAGCAGUGAAGAAGCAAGGAAAGUUGAUUCUGAGCAAAGACAAGUCAGGCGCAGCAGGAGGCUUCAGUUACUGUCUGGAGAAAUGACAAAAGAAAUGGGAAAAGGAGCAGUAAUGAAGAGAGCAAGAACCUCUGGCAGCGAUGAUGAAGAGCCUUUUGGAGACCGAAGCAAUGUGCUAGCUCACACUUCUGAAUGCAAAGACCUGAGUGAGCCCCCGGGUGUGCUGAGUCACAAGCUACUCACUGAUCAGAAGGCUGAUAACAUGCAGGUUAGCCUACAGAAUUCACCUGAUACUGCAGCAGCUGGAAUGAGUCUCUUCAAUUCUCCAGCCUUGUGUCAGCAUUCAGACUGUAGUUCCUCUGCACCUGAUGCAGGUUCUCAUGGAGGUAAAAUACAAGGUAGCCCUUUCCUCUUACAGUCUCCCUCAGUGACUGUUGUGCAAACUUCUGACCCAGCUGAAGAGGUGACUGAAUCAAGUGUUCCCCAGGAGAGUGAACAUGAUAUGCAAAGUGUAACAGAGGACUUGGGAACUGAAAAGCUGCCAGUGGCCAGAAAAGCCUGGGAUUUGAUUAAGGAAGCUGCAGAUAGUGAGUUAGACACACAGUGCCUGCGAGGUAUAUUUAGGCAUUCCAAACGCCUGUCGUUCAGCCUUUGUCCUGCUCCCCCGAAGGUGUGUGCAGAAGGGGCUGCUGCUGAGCCUCUGAAGGUAUCGUGUGCUGCUCAGGUAGAAAAUGAGCAUAGUAAACAUUUAAACAAAGAAAACUUGCAAGAAGAGGAAACUGUUGAAAGCUUGAGUAGGGUUGGUGAGGAAGAGGAGCUUAAGACCUAUGAAUCUGGUUGUGUUAGUCCUGUGAAUUGCUUUGUUGGCAACACUGAAUGUAUGGACACAGUGGAACAUGAAGCAGGUGUUUCACAGGUUGCAAAUCAAGAGACACUGACACCUGUAAGAGUGAGUGCUGCUGGGAUUGAAGACAAGAACACAUUGCAAAAGGGAGAGCAGGGAGAUGAAAAGACAGUGUCAGCUGCUGUAGGGAUAGGAGGUGAGUUGAGGCAGAAUCCAGUCAGUACCAGCAGACAGAGUGAUCAGAGCGAUACAGCAGAGCUCGCUUUCAGAGCUGGUGUAAACACAGUCAGUGAGAUCUGCUUGGCUUCAGGAAGCAAUCAAGCACAAAAGGCUGAAGUUGUUGACAGCAAAGGCCCAGUGCUCCAUCUUCUGUCCAGAUCAAUGAUUUCUGCAGCUCCUGAGCAGAGGCCUGCUGAAUUCAGGGGUGAAAUCACUGAAAACAAAGGUAGCAAAAGGAAAAAAAGGCAAGUGAAGGGGACCGGAGAAGAGGCAACCCAAACAGAUGGCACAGGAAUGCCCAAGUGCUUAGUUCCAGAGGCUGCAGAGGAACCCCUGGAAGAGACUGGUGGUUUUACAGGUUUAUCUGAAGCUGCUGAUGACUUACUGUGCUCUGAUGAUGUUUCUGAAGGGAACAGCUUUUCUGAAACUGAUAGGAGAGAGGUAUCUGCUGUCUUUGUGAAAAGAGGCGGCGAGGCCCUGACGAAGGAACUGCACAACAGAAAUGCUGGUUCGAGGCCCAGAUCUCAGGGUACUCAGAGAUCUCGAAGAAGAGUGCCAAAACUGCCAUCUUCAGAUGAAGAAUCCAGCGAGGAUGAAGACUUACCCUGCUUUCAGACAUUAAUGUUUGGCAAAUCAGUAAGCACACCUUUGCAGGUCAAUAAACAGGUGGCAUCUGGGGCGGAGUGUCCACUAAGUCCCAUCACGUCGCCUCGCGAUGGAAGCCACGAUGUGAGUGACAUGCAGAAAGUGCCUGAAGCUGCCCCAAGUAAUGAGUAUCCUUCAUUAAGCCAGGAGUCAGAAUGCUCCAUCAACUUAUUUUCUUCCCAGUCCAAUAAUUCUGAAGAAUCAACUGAUGGAGCAAAAGAGCCAAAGAAACUUUCAGCACAAGCUGAUAGAUCAAAACAAGUGAAGAACGUGAGUGAGAGUAAAGAAGAAUCUCAAUGUUGCAAUGGGAGGCUGAAGAGAAGCAAAACAAACUUCAAAGAUGAAUGUCAAGAAGACCCAAACGUGGGAGCAAACCUAGCAUCUGGAUAUGACAGUGAAGCAAGUAACGUAGAAGAUUCAUGUGGACCUUUCUCCCAGGGUGAAAUCCUUACUACACAGCAGAAGAAUGCUAUGCAAAAUAACCUGAAAAAGCUUCAGCAAGAAAUGGCUGUACUUGAAGCAGUGCUACAGCAGCAUGGAAGCCAGGACCCUGAGUUUUCACCUGUGCACAGGGAACUGCCACAGUCCAGUAGUAAAGGAACGAUUGGAGUGGAACAAAGGACACAAGAAAGAAAAAAUGCAGAUGAGCAGAAAUCUGGGACCAGGCUCAACAGUCCAUCUGUUCUAUCAAAUCUCCCUGAAGAUGUGACCAGGGGUGAGAGUAACUCACCAUCCUCUGUGAAGCCGCUUCACCCUGGCACUGCAGAAGCAGCAGAGAGUCCUGCUGCAGCUCAGGAUGCCAAGCAAAGCUGUGCACAGGAGGGUGAAUCAAACAGCAGGGUGUCGCUUCCUCUGCCUGUUCUGCACGGUGCAACUGGAAAGGAGAGUGCAGCUGUGACCAACAGGAAAGCAAUGUCCUUGGUGGCCUCGGGUCUGGACCAAAGUGAACGUUUGAUGGUCCAAAAGUUUGCAAGAAAAACUUGGAGCACUUUAUCUAAUCAUGUUACUGAAGGAACCACCCACGUCAUAAUGAAAACAGAUAACGAGCUGGUGUGUGAGAGGACACUGAAGUAUUUCCUGGGCAUUGCAGGAAGGAAAUGGGUCGUUAGCUACCAGUGGGUGAUUCAGUCUUUUAAAGAAGGAAGGAUACUGGAUGAGGAGAACUUCGAAGUUAGAGGAGAUGUAAUCAACGGGAGAAACCACCAAGGUCCUAAGAGGGCUAGAGAAUCUCUAACUGAGAAGAUCUUUAAAGACUUUGAGAUCUGUUGCUGUGGACCUUUCACUGGGAUGACCACAGAACAUCUGGAAUGGAUGGUGGAGCUUUGUGGUGCCUCUGUUGUGAAGCAGCUUCAUCUGUUCACACACACAACAGGCUCUGCUGUUGUGGUUGUGCAGCCAGACGCUUGGACGGGAACCACGGAUUACAGAGCCAUCCAGCAAAAGAACAACGUUGCCAUGGUGACUCGAGAGUGGGUGUUGGACAGCGUUGCUUGCUAUGAGUGCCAGGAGUUGGAUGCUUACCUUAUGUCCUGAGGGUGAUCUGCUGAUCUUUAUCCAUUGCUCAGGAAAUCUCCUCAGUGCUGACAGUCUGGUGAUUGUUAUAAGGACUGACAGGUUUUGAGUCACUGAACAGAGAUAAUGUACAUGUAGUUCAUGUUCUUGUUCAGAGUGAAGUAACUACACCUUUCUUAACAAUAAAGUUGCUUUGCAAUGUUGCCAUACAGAGAGAUGCAGUUACUCACUGCUUUUAAAGAUGAGCAUUUCUGAUUGCAAAAUAGUCCUUCAAUUACUGUAAAACAAAUUCUAAAAGUCAGCAAAUAUAAACCCCUGCCUCUUCAGAGAAGUGGUGAUGUACCAUUUACCACUGCAGCCAGCUUCUGUUUAUAUAUGCAAGAACAUUCUGGAGGCAGUCAUUUAAAAGAGUAAUAUUUGGCUUAGGGCUUGAAUUAAAGCAUUCUCUUGUCCCUGAGUAACCUCCACGUUGCCAUCUGGCAUAAAGACAUGCCCUGAGCAAGGCUGUGUACCACUGCCAUGGACUGUGUUCUGUGAGUACCAGUGCCUCAGCCUGCUUCAUCCUGAGCCAUGGAUGAUGCUCGUGUUAAAACUAGACAAGCAGUUCUCCUGCUGGAUCAAAGUGCUGCCCAGAGAACUUACCCACCACUGCAGUCCCUGAGAAGCUGACACCUGCUACUCAGCACAAGGCAAUCCUUUAACCCACCAGCCUGCACUUGUACUGCUCUUGCUUCUGAGACCUGGUUGUGGCACCUAUGCAGAGACAAACACAGCUGCACUUUAGCACCCUGGUGAAUCUGCUUCUGCUAAGCCCUGCCUGCAAAAGGAAACUGCAAAGAAAAUAGGUGGUGGUUUGUGGCAUAAAUAUGUUCUUGUUCCUGUUGCCAAGCACUUCAGCUUCAUAAAUACUUCUGUCCUUUCAGAGCAGAAAAAGACCUUGUGUCAUGAAGUUGUUGAGUUAAAACUAGUUCUAGCUAAGCUCAGAGAGUUGUGCUUAGGAUGCUGCUAAGUUCUUUUGGGAAGUUAUGGAAAGGGUAUUUAUGAAAACCAGGAUGCUGAAAGGAAAUAAAGUUGUUUUGGCAAGUA